GAAUUUGAUAAUUUAAACUAAUCAGUAUUUAAUUGUUACUCUGAUAUAAUCAUCAUCAUCAGGACUAAUUGUAAAUCUAAUUUGAUUUUUCAAAUAAAAAUCAAUGUUGUCUUUCACAUGUUAACCAUUAAAUAUUAAUUGUUCAACAUCAAUAUUUAAUAUACACUUAAUUGUGAUCAAAUAGACAUUGAUUUACUUAUAAUCGUCGGCAAUUAAUCAAUAUUAUUACAAACAAUUAAAAGUAAUCAUAUUAAGUUUCUAGGGUUCCAUCCGCUGACAAUAAUUAUAAAUUACUUUGUACCUGAUUAGAUGAGGUUAUCAAUAUAAUCACAAUAUAUAAAUUGUUGAUUAUCAAAGUUAUAAAUUGUUUGAGGUGAAAUUAGAUUGACUUCAUUUGAUUUAAGGUUAUCAACUAAUUAACUUUAACCAACAACAAGCAAACCCAAUAUAUCAAUACAUUGAAAAAAAUCAAUACGAUAAUAACAAUAACAUGGAGACAAAAUCAACCUCUCAAUCUAAAUUAACUAAAUUAGUUAAAUGUUUUAAAUUGUUACGAUUAGAUGUGUUCAUAUGUUUAUAUUUAUUUGCAAACAGAAUCCCAAAUGUUUGUCGUAAUCAAUUGAUCCAAGAUAAAUACUGUAUCAAUGAAAUUAAAUUAGAUCCAUCAAAGUGUCUACAACUUGAACAAUUAGGACCCGAAUUUGAUACAAUUAAAAAUAAAGUUUACGUUUUCCAAACAAACUUUAAUAAUUAUGAUACAAUGAUCACAACACCAAUUGGGAUAAUCAUUACAUUACUGAUCGGCUGUUGGAUUGAUAAAUAUCCUGGUCAUUUGAAGUAUCUACUUGCUGGCCCGGCAUUAGGUGGUUUCCUAUGCGAAAUGAUUGAUAUAUUGAAUGUUUAUUAUUUCCAAGCAAACAUUUACCAUAUACUUUGGAAAUCUGUUACUUUUUUCAGUGGCGGUAUGAACACAGUUCUAACGGGAUCAUAUGCUUAUGUAAGUCGACGAACUCAUCCCAAGCAUCGAGUUGCUCGAUUCGCUGUUCUGGAAAUGUUUCUCUCACUAGCUUCAUUAACAUCGACUGCUCUUGGUGGUAAACUACUCACAGUCGAUUCAAUAUUUGGAACUGAACAGUAUCGAAACUAUUACCUCGUCUUUUUGACCUCACUUGUGUUUAAUGUAGCCGCUUUUACUUGGGUUCUCAUCUUCUUAUACGAUGCUGACCUUGGAUAUGACGAAGAAAAAGUUGACAGUAAAAGUAUAGCGAUAGUUGAAGAUUCGAUAAAAUCGUCCGACCCAAAUGUUAAAGAUCAUAAAACUAAACACUUUCUAUUGGUAUUGACUGAGGUUUUCCGUAUAUCGACAAUAACGAGCAUGAUAAAGGCCGUUUUUCGCCAAAGACCUCACAAACGUCGGACAGUUUUACUUCAUUUAACUUUCGGCAUGACAGUGGCCUUUAUGGGCUAUUUAAGUGAAUCCAUAAUUGGCCUUCAAUUUGCGCAGAAAGUUUACCAUUGGAGUUCACCUUAUUACUCUUAUAAUUACGCUCUUUUGACCAUAAUUCCAGCACUGGCCAAUACAAUAAUACCCGUUUUAUUGGCUCGAAAAAAUCUCGUCUUCGAUUCUACUCUUUGUAUCAUGGGCUCAGUCUCUAUGAUUCUCUCUCUGUCAUUUCGAGGCGGUAUUCUUGAACCUUACGCUUACUACGUUUCCAGUGUACUCGGUGUGUUUUCCGGCCUACUUCUUAUUGUUAAAAGGUCAAUCGUAUCUCGAAUUAUCGAGAAAAAUGAGUCUGGACAAAUUUUCUCAUUACUGGCAUGUAUUGAAGGUUUGGUUCCCUUAUUCAUCACUCUACUUUACUCAUUCCUAUUUCAACUGACCAUUCAAACUGCCCCAGGAACUGCUCACCUUGUCGUCGCUGGGCUAAUGUUUUAUCCUUAUAUUUUAUCCCUAUGGCUUGGACUCAACACCUACAAAUGGGAUCCUGCAGCAAUUAAAUUCCGAGAGGAGAAAAUCGCUCAGAAAAUCAGUUCACCUGAAUUGUAACUAAUCUAAUUGUAUAUCUAAUUAUCGGUGUAAAGUAUUAAAUUGUCAACAUGAAAUUUCAUUUUCGAUUGAAAACUGAAAAAGAGAAAAAAAACUUUCUCUUCUUAUUUUUCAUUCUAAACUUAAUCUCAUGGUGAUUAUCAUGGAGUCUGAGUUCAGUACUUUGAAAAACUGAACAAGUUACGAUGUUGCUAAGGUAUUCAAUUAAUCAGAAAACGGAUAUGAUUGACCCUCGAACUAUUUACUUCUCAUCUUCCUCUUCAUAAUUUAUCAUCAUCAUCAUUUUCAUCGUUACCCCCCUUAGAGAUUUCAAUAUGAGUCAAACAAUUGAACAAUUGAUCAACAUUGAGAUUGAUUGAUAUUAAUUAUUUUCUAUUAGUUGAAUACAAUCAAUUGAAAUUCAAAUUCAAAUUACUUUGCUAAUCUAAAUAUCAUUAUAUUGAUUAGUAAAAAGAUUCCAAUCAUUGAUUAACACCGUUAACUUGAUGAUUAUCAAUGAUCAAUGUAAUUACUUGAUUAUCUUGUUUACCUUUUGUCUAAAUUCAGUAAUUAAUCAGUUAAA